GCCAAUGUUCCCCCUCUCGUCAGAAACAUGGCGGAACAGGAUUCAGAAAUCUCCUUUAAAACGGAAACAGUACGAAAAUUGUUGUCAAGUUUCUUCAAGGAGAACAAAACCAAAAUCAGUGGUGAUGCUGUGCUGCUCAUGAGAGAGAUGCUAAACAUAUUUGUUCGAGAGGCUGCGAUGAGAUCACUGAAACAAGCUGAAGCUGAGGACUGCGACAGAGUCGACAUUGAGCAUUUUGAAAAGAUCCUACCUCAGCUGUUACUGGACUUCUAGCACCACCACGCCACAAGAUGGAGCCAGAGUGCCAUAUGUGCUGUCAGUCUUGCAACAAAGUUAUUGCUCCUGAUGCUCAUAUUUUCUACAUAACUAGGAUUUCAUAAUUAUUAAAAUAUUAACUUCCAUUGAAAAAUUGUCAUUAAGUGUUUAUUUGAGUUGUCUGAUGUUUUUUUUUUUUUUUGUAAUAGUAGGAGCAGUGCAUGUCACCACCAAUAAGGCCCACCUGUGCUUGUCUGUGCAACAACAGGUGCUUCCAGUAUGCUCCCCGGCACCCUUCAUCAAAGCCUCCUGGAGCAGUUGGAAGCAAUUAGAGUAAUAAGGGGAGCAGCCAGUCCCUUAGAUGAUGACAAGUGCCAGGAAAAAAGCAGUACCCCCUCCGGCCACUUUGAAGUUCCCCUUUGCUGUCCUGCGAUGUUUGGUUAGAGGUGGGGUAGGUGGGGGCAGAGGGGGACCUCUGGCACAAGGGGAAAGUUGAAUGGGAGUGUGUGCGCUCAAGUGUGUGCACGUUUUAGCCAAACAUGGCCAGAGACCACACGCGUAGAUAUUCUGUUUGAUUGGAAACAUAACAAAACACAUUGGAACACGGUCCAAGACGAACAGGCUGUAAUUCUGUAGGUAAAUAAACAAGAGGUGACUAGCAGAGGCGCGUUCUCUCGUUUCAUCACAGCAGAGGGGUUGGAGGAGGGGGGGCGCCGCGAGUGUGAGCAAGCAGGCUAAUGUGGGGUUUUCUAACAUGACGGCCUCUGAUGGUUUUCCACCGGCCGUGCGUUGACCAACGUGUGUCCGUCGGUGAGUCAGCUUAAGCUGAACAACACCUCGCACUGUUUAUUUGUGUGGUUGUUGAGUGACUCACUGAGCUUAUGGACGCCACUCACGUACAGCUGGAAGCAACUUGGGUGAAGUCAGUAGUCCAGGCUUGGAUAGAUGCUCAGGGACGCGCUGCCUGGAAUUUGACCCGGCACCUUUUUAGCUGCACCCAGCCUGGUUUUAGUGUUUCCCACGUGGAAGUUGCACAACAGGACAACAUUGGUCGGGUUGAAUGAUGUGU